UCGGCGAUCACCGGCGGCGAUGGGCGCGGACGACCAGCCAUCCCCGGCGCGGAAGCGCGAGCGCGAGGAGGAGCCGGCCGACGGGGACGCCGCCGAGAAGCGCCCGCGCGCGGACGAAUCGGAGGGCGCCUCGCUGCUGGGGCUCGCCAACUACACAGACGAGGAGGAGGAAGGCGGGGCCGGGAACACGGGGCACGCGAACGGCGCCCCCCUCGCGGAGGAAGUGGAGGAUGGUGCGAAUGAGGAUGAGGACGAGGACGAGGACGAGAGGAGGGCUCCGGAGAGGAGGCCGAGGCAGAUCGAGCUGCGGCGGGACUGCCCUUACCUCGACACCGUCAAUCGACAGGUCCUUGACUUUGACUUUGAGAAGUUCUGCUCAAUCUCCUUAUCAAAUUUGAAUGUGUAUGCAUGCCUAGUUUGUGGAAAGUAUUACCAAGGAAGAGGCUUGAAAUCACAUGCGUAUACCCACAGCCUUGAGGCAGGUCACCAUGUGUUCAUUAACCUUCAAACUGAGAAAGUUUACUGUCUCCCUGAUGGGUAUGAGAUAAAUGAUCCGUCACUAGAAGAUAUUCGACAUGUUCUCAAUCCAAGGUUCGCGAGAGAACAGGUUCUAAAUCUUGACAAGAACAAGCAGUGGUCAAGAGCUCUGGAUGGCUCCAAUUAUCUACCUGGAAUGGUUGGUCUUAACAACAUUAAGGAGACUGACUUUGUGAACGUCACAAUACAGUCAUUAAUGAGAAUAACUCCUUUGAGAAAUUUCUUUCUCAUACCUGAAAAUUAUCAGCAUAGCAAAUCCCCACUGGUUCAUCGGUUUGGAGAAUUAACUCGCAAGGUUUGGCAUGCUAGGAACUUCAAGGGCCAAGUUAGUCCACAUGAGUUCCUUCAAGCAGUUAUGAAGGCCAGUGAGAAGAGAUUUCAGAUUGGUGUACAAUCUGAUCCAGUUGAAUUUAUGUCAUGGCUGUUGAACACACUGCACGCGAAACUGAGAAGUUCGAAGAAGAAAAAUAGGAGCAUCAUAUAUGAUUGCUUUCAGGGGGAACUUGAAGUUGUCAAGGAAAUGCACAGGAAGCAUAUAGUGGGUGAUGAGCAGAAUGGUGAUGCAGUCUCACAGGUUGAAACAAGUGACGGUAUGGUCACUGAAACGUCUAGGGUCCCAUUUUUGAUGCUCGGUCUUGACCUGCCACCUCCACCCCUUUUCAAAGAUGCAAUGGAGAAAAAUAUUAUUCCACAGGUACCACUGUUUAAUAUACUGAAGAAGUUUGAUGGUGAGGCAGUUACAGAGGUGGUGCGGCCAUCUAUUGCUCGGAUGAGGUACCGAGUCAUCCGGCUUCCAAAGUAUAUGAUCCUUCACAUGCGAAGGUUCACCAAAAACAACUUCUUUGUGGAGAAAAACCCCACUCUUGUUAACUUCCCUGUGAAGAAUUUGGAACUGAAGGAUUACAUCCCACUACCUAAGCCAAAGGGGAAUGAGAAGCUGCGUUCAAAGUACGAUCUCAUAGCCAACAUCGUACAUGACGGCAAACCGGGCGAAGGAUGCUACAGAGUGUUUGUGCAGCGGAAAUCAGAAGAGGCAUGGUACGAGAUGCAGGAUCUCCAUGUCACCGAGACCCUCCCUCAGAUGGUAGCUCUCUCGGAAGCCUACAUGCAGAUAUACGAGCAGCACGAAUGAAGUGACGGGGACGGUGAACGGUGGUCACCGUGUAGGCGUGUAGCCUUCCGCACCCACCUCCUUCCUUUGCUUACCAGAAAUCUUAUUAUUACAAGCUAAUUUAUAUGCCUGGAGCAAAUUUUGAGGGCACAAGUGUUGUAUGUCCAAACUUAAUUCCUCGAGAAGUAGACCGAGAAACUUCACUUGACUGUCAAGUCAGCGCCGCAAUGGAGCGAUUCCAGGAGCUAGCAGUUGUGAAAUGUAUUUCGCUUUCUGAAGGGCAGUCAGAAGAGCAUUGUUUUUUUUUUGUGCUAGAAAAACAUCUUUGUUGUGAAUCUUUAUGUUGUUACCACCCAGGCUAGUGAUAAUGUAAUGGCUCCAAAGAUUUUCAGCUGCACAUUUUGCAAUGUAUGGUCCUGAUGGGUGCUACACACCAUCAGUUUCAUUUGUAUUAUAAAGACAGCAAGUUCUAGUCAAGUUGUA